AUGCUGACUGCCUACCGCGACGCUCACCUCUACGCAUUUCCUUACUGGGUCAAAGAUCUUGUUCACUGCCAGGAGAGACUCGUAUCUGUGAGCGAGGAUCUAAUCGGUCUUUGGGCCAAAGCCACAUGGCAGCGUGGAUUGGGCGAAAAGCUAGGACUGAACCCUAGUCUGAGUGAACAGAUCGACAGCGGUAGAUGGAAUGGCUACCGGGAUGUGAGCACCACGUCCCGUCGACCACAAAGCGGCUUGCCAGAAGUACCAUCUCUUCUAGCAUACUUGCACGCAGGAUCUACGCCACUGGUCCGUCGGGUGGACAGUCCUGCUCUUCUCUUAUCGACAUCCCUUCGUCUAGCUAGACUGGAAUCUGUUGAAGAGAUCGCCCAUACAUCUACUCCUUCCCCAUUUGCUCACGACCAAAAGAUCGCCUCUCCUGAGGGUGUAGCUUCACGCUGCUUCAUCUCGAAGGCUGACUGUCUCCUUGGACCUAAUGUUAUUGUGGAGGCAAACUCUGUGAUAAAGCAAUCCUGUAUCGGCCCCAACUCUAAGAUCUGCAGUGGCGCUCGGCUCACGCGAUGUGUCGUGCUUGAGAACGCUGUGAUUGCCUCUACCAUCACAACAGCAACUUUGGCCGAGCGGUUAAGGCGCCAGACUCAAGAACAUCACUUCUUCACUGAGCAAAUCAGUGAGCAUUCUGGUCACGAAAGUGGCUUUCUCUCUUUUCGCAAAUUCCUCGUUUGUCUUCUUGGUCGCCUAUCUGGCUCCUUCACCUCGUAUUACGGCCUAUUUGCUACGGCGAGGGAAGCUCAAGCUCCCGCCAAAGCCCACCAUGGCCCUCAUGAAUGUCGAUCAAGUACCCCCCCCUCGAAACCGGUUGCAACGCCCCCCGAUGUCCUCGUUACUCCCUGCGACCCGUGGCCUGCCCCUUACUAUCUGGACAGUGGUUUCCGUCGGGUGAAGCCAUACCAUUACACCUACAACACCAAUUGCAAGGAGCGAUGGAGGGGUCGCGAACUCGUCGAGAUCUUCACUUCCGAAUUUCGCGAUCGCAAACCGGAGUAUUAUAGGAAAGCCCUCGAGGAUGGCCUUGUACAAGUCAACGGCGUGAGAGCCUAUCCUGAAACACGACUCAAGAACGGCCAGGUCAUCUCCCACACCCUCCACCGUCACGAACCGCCUGUGACCAGCCUCCCCGUCGGAAUCAUUCAUGAAGAUGACGACCUUUUGGUCAUUGAUAAGCCCGCCGGUGUACCAGUGCACGCCGCGGGUCGCUACCACUUCAACUCAGUCAUCGAGAUCCUGCGCUCCGAGCGCGGCCCCGAAUUCACCCCUCGCCCAUGUAACCGACUCGAUCGAUUGACAUCUGGAAUCAUGUUCAUUGGAAAGCACCCCAAGGGUGCCGAGAAAAUGGCUACGGCGCUCAAGGCGCGCACCGUCCAGAAAGAGUACAUCGCGCGCGUGAAGGGCAAGUUCCCAGAUGGCGUUGUCGUCUGCGACCAGCCAAUCAUGCAGGUGAGCCCGAAGCUGGGUCUCAAUCGUGUGCGCGCCACUGGCAAAGAGGCUACAACCAAGUUCCGCCGUUUGGCCUACUAUCCUCCCGAGACACUUGCAGAUGCUAGCUCAUCUAGCGACGACGAGCGCCCCGCUACCCCGCCUGCGUCUUUCUGCAAUGAGACGGAGGGAUACAGUAUUGUGCAUUGUUACCCGCUGACUGGCCGCACGCACCAAAUCCGCGUUCACCUCCAGUUCUUGGGCCACCCGAUCACUAACGAUCCUAUCUACUCCAACCGCCGUGUAUUCGGACCAGAGCUUGGCAAGGCCGAGGCGAGUGCGGACCGCGAUGAGGAGAUUGUUGCGAGACUGUCCCUCAUGGGUAAGACAGAGAUUCCCGAUACAGUCUCUUACCGCACCCAUUUGACCGCUGCGCCGAAUGUCCCGCCCAACACUGAUCCGGUGCUUGUCAACGAGAUCAUGCACCGCGAACAGAUGGCCGCGGCCGAGGACUACGAGAAGCGCAAGGGCGAGCGCCUGUCCGGUAUUCUCUGUGAAGUCUGCGGCACAGAGCUCUACUCGGACCCAGGUCCCCAUGAGCUGGGCAUCUUCUUGCAUGCCGUCGCAUACGCCGAUAAAGACGGCGAUUGGGGUUACCGCAGCCCCAUGCCUCACUGGGGCUUGCCUCCUCUAGGCAUGGAGGGUCCUCGUGAGGCCCCGGAUUGGGUACCUGCUGCCGAGGGCGAGGAAGUCAUCAUUGGCCAUGGCACUAUCCCUCUCGGCUUGGGUGAUGAUGACCAGGCGGCAGAUGCAAACUCUGGCUCUGUGAUUGUGGAAGGUGUUGGUCUUGUCAAUCUCGCCGAUGCUGCGAGGAUUAUGAAUGAGACUCCCCGUGAGGAGGCGGCGGCUCCGGCUGCAGUCUAA